GUUGAUCUCAAACCUAUGAGCUAUAACAUUUAAAUUUUCAAAUUGUUGUCCUAGUUAACUUUUAUUUUUAUUUUGUCAUUAUUUGUGGUUUUCCCUUGUUCUUUGAUGAUUUGAAAUAAAAUAAAAUUAUAAUAUAUAAAACAAAGAAAUAUUAAAGUGCUCACUAUUUUCUGUGUAGUUUAGUUAAAUAUGAUGUAUUAAUAAUCUACAUGCUUAUUCUUUGUGUGCACCUCAUCACACUUAAAUAAAUAUAUGUUUCAUAUUAUUCAAGUGUCAGAAUAAGAAGAAAUAAUGUUGCCCCAAAAAAAAUAUUAUCGACAAAGAGCUCACACUAAUCCUAUAGCAGAUCAUAGUAUUACUUACCCUAGGAGCCCUGCUGUUAUGGACUGGGGAAGUUUGUUUCCAAAUUAUUUCCCUACAAAUGGAAACAGUGGGAUUGAAAAGCAAGUGGAGUUUCUUGAUGUCGGCUGUGGUUAUGGAGGACUUUUAGUCAAACUCGCUACUAUGUUUCCGGAUUCUCUUGCUAUUGGGAUGGAAAUUCGAAUAAAGGUGUGUGAUUAUGUAAAAGAUCGCAUUGAAGCAUUAAGAAUCCAACAUCCUGGAAAGUAUCAGAACAUCGCCUGUAUCAGAACUAAUGCAAUGAAAUAUAUGCCAAAUUAUUUCUGCAAAGGACAGCUUAAGAAAAUGUUCUUUUUGUAUCCUGAUCCACAUUUUAAAAAGUCAAAGCAUAAAUGGCGAAUUAUUAGUCCUACUCUUCUUGCUGAGUAUGCCUAUCUUCUAUCUGUUGGGGCAGUGGUCUAUACAGUUACUGAUGUCGAAGAUCUUCAUCAAUGGAUUGUAAAACAUUUGUCAGAACAUCCUUUGUUUGUCAGAUUAACAGAUUCUGAGCUGGAAGGAGACCCCGUGAUUGAUAUCCUGUUAGACAGUUCAGAAGAAGGUCAAAAGGUUGCAAGAAAUAAUGGUCCUAAAUUUAUGGCUAUUUUUAAAAGAGUUGAAGACUAAUAUAAAUGAAUAAUUUAUAUUCAUUUACAUCAAUGAAGCUUUGCCAUCUAAGUCUAAUGUUGAAAUUUUAAAUUUACUUACUUG